CCUCCCUUGGCCCCUCCACCUCAGCACUGACAUGGCCCUCAGAAGGGAAGGGGAACAGGCAAGGAGGGGAAGAGCUGCUCUUUCCAAAAAGAUCCUGGGGCAGAGUCCAGGGCGGCUCAAGGCUCCUCCACACACACCCGCUGAACCCUGAGCACCCUGAGCUGCCCGGCUGGGGCCGGCUAGGGCUGCCGCCAUGAUCCCGGGCCUGGCCCUGCUCUGGGCAGCAGUGCUGGGGGGUGCUGCCCCCAGCCCUCCCCGCCUUCGGCUCUCCUUCCAAGAGCUCCAGGCUCGGCACGGCCUCCGGACCUUCAGGCUGGAGAGGACCUGCUGCUAUGAAGCUCUGCUGGUGGACGAAGAGAGAGGACGCCUGUUUGUGGGCGCCGAGAACCGCGUGGCCUCCCUCAGCCUGGACGACAUCAGCAAGCGGGCCAAGAAGCUGGCCUGGCCUGCCCCUGUGGAAUGGCGAGAGGAGUGCAACUGGGCGGGCAAGGACAUUGGUACUGAGUGCAUGAACUUCGUGAAGUUGCUGCAUGCCUACAACAGCACCCACUUGCUGGCCUGUGGCACAGGGGCCUUCCACCCCACCUGUGGAUUUGUGGAGGUGGGCCACCGGCUGGAGGAGCCCACGCUCCGGCUGGACCUUCGAAGGCUGGAGGAUGGCAAGGGCAAGAGUCCUUAUGACCCCAGGCAUCAGGCUGCCUCCGUGCUGGUGGGGAAAGAACUGUACUCAGGGGUGGCUGCAGACCUCAUGGGCCGGGACUUCACCAUCUUCCGUAGCCUGGGACAACGUCCAAGUCUCCGAACAGAACCACACGACUCUCGCUGGCUCAAUGAGCCCAAGUUCGUCAAGGUCUUUUGGAUCCCAGAGAGUGAGAAUCCUGACGAUGACAAGAUCUACUUCUUCUUCCGUGAGUCGGCAGUGGAGGCUUCACCAUCAAUGGGACGCCAGACUGUGUCCCGGGUUGGCCAGAUCUGUCGGAAUGACGUGGGAGGCCAGCGAAGCCUGGUCAACAAGUGGACCACAUUCCUGAAGGCUCGCCUGGUGUGUGCAGUGCCAGGCGUUGAGGGUGACACACACUUUGACCACCUCCAGGAUGUGUUCCUGCUGUCCUUGAGGGACCGCUGGAGCCCACUGCUCUACGCUGUCUUCUCCACAUCGAGCACCGUCUUCCAGGGCUCUGCAGUGUGUGUGUACAGCAUGAACGAUGUGCGUCGGGCCUUCCUGGGGCCCUUUGCACACAAGGAAGGGCCCAUGCACCAGUGGGUGUCUUACCAGGGCCGUGUCCCCUACCCCCGACCAGGCAUGUGCCCCAGCAAGACCUUUGGCACCUUCAGUUCUACCAAGGACUUUCCUGAUGACGUCAUUCAAUUUGCCCGGAACCACCCCCUCAUGUACAAUUCAGUCCUGCCCAUGGGUGGUCGCCCCCUCUUCAUACAAGUGGAUGCCGGGUACACCUUUACCCAGAUCACUGCAGACCGUGUAGCAGCUGCUGAUGGACACUACGAUGUCCUCUUCAUUGGCACAGACGCUGGCACAGUGCUGAAGGUGAUCUCAGUCCCCAAGGGCAGCCAGCCUAACGGGGAGGGGCUGCUCUUGGAGGAGCUGCACGUGUUUGAGGAUUCAUCUGCUAUCACCAGCAUGCAAAUCUCUUCCAAGAGGCACCAGCUGUACGUAGCCUCCCGGAGCGCGGUCGCCCAGAUCCCGUUGCACCUCUGUGCUGCCCACGGCCGCGCCUGUGCGGAAUGCUGCCUCGCGCGUGACCCUUACUGCGCCUGGGACGGGGCCGCGUGCACGCGCUUCCAGCCCAGCUCUAAAAGGCGGUUCCGGCGGCAAGACGUGAGGAACGGCGACCCCAGCACGCUGUGCUCUGGGGACUCCUCUCAUCCCGCCCUGCUGGAGCGGAAGGUGUUCGGUGUGGAGGGCGGGAGCGCCUUCCUCGAGUGUGAGCCCCGUUCGCUGCAGGCGCGCGUCGAAUGGACCUUGCAGCGCGCAGGAGAGGCGACCUACACCCAGGUAGCUGUGGAGGAGCGCGCAGAGCGCCUGACGCGGGGACUGCUGCUGCGCGGGCUGCGGCGCGGGGACUCUGGCGUGUACCUUUGCGCAGCUGUGGAACAGGGCUUUUCGCAGCCGCUGCGUCGCCUGGUGCUACACGUGCUGAGUGCUGCGCAGGCUGAAAGGCUGGCCCGGACCGAGGAGGCUGCGCCCGUCCCCCCUCCAGGCCCCAAGCUCUGGUACCGGGACUUCCUGCAGCUGGUGGAGCCAGGCGGCGGCGGCGCGAGUUCCCUGCGAAUGUGUCGUCUGCAGCCCGAGUCGCGCCCACCGCCUCCCGAGUCACGGAGGAAGGGCCGAAACCGGCGAAGGCACGCGCCAGAGCCGCGCGCCGAGCGGGGGCCACGCAGCGCGGCGCACUGGUGACUGGGCAGGCCGCGCCGGGUACAGGGAAGGAGGCUACAGGCAGGAGAGCGGGAGGACAGACCCUGGAGGACGCACAGCUAGGGGGCCUGGCACAUUGGUCCCUGGUUGAUGGAGACACCAACCGACAGGCCCUGGCUGAGGGGCAGCCUCGCCGGCUUAUUUAUUAACAGAGGGUAACCCUUGAAUGUAGCUCUGGGAGGGACGGCUCAGGCCGGGCGCAGGGUCCGGCUGGUCGGGAAGAGGCAGAUAAGCAGGGCUCCAGAGCAACGACCUGGUCGGAGGAGGUGCCCAGAGUGCCCACCCCGGGAUGAAGACUUCCUCCCUGGGCAAUGAGCAGAAAGCUGUGAACAGGGUGAGCUGGUGGGGGCGGGAGUGGGACAGGCCGACUGUACUAAUGCAAUAAACACAUUAUGAGCCGAAGCUGGAAUGGCCCCAGCUGACAACCGCUGGUUCUAGGUCUUGCUGUGUGGCCUUGGGCAACUUCCUAGCAGUCCUAGGACCUCGGUUUCUGAAAAGGAUGCUGUGGUGAGGAUUAAAGGCAGUUUCCAUGUGACUGAGUGGAUUCUGUGGGGCCUUUGCGGCCCUACUGACCUGCACAGUGUAUUCUGAAUAUGAUUUCUUGACUGAGUAGUAUGAAGAAAAUCAAAUUUGGUGAUAUGGUAAAUAAUGUGAGAAAGCAUCACUGAGGAGGUGACAUUUGAGCUAAACAACAAGGAGCCAGUCAUGGGAGUGUCUAGGGGUGGAAUGUUCCAGGAGGCAACAGCUAGUGCAAGGGUCCUGAGGUGGAAACAAGGUUGCUGUGUGUGAGAAACAUCAAGGAGGCCAAUGUGAUACAGUGGAUGGAUUUGGGAUGUUUUAGGAGGUGGGGCCUCAUUGUCUUGCUUCGUCCCAGUUGGGGAGAAGGGCCACAGGGGUCUAACAGCAGAGGGUGGGCCCUAAACCUGGCUACUUCCUCCCUUCAAGGGUAAGUGGUACCAUGCCUCCUCACACAACAUGGUGUGUGUGGAGAGAGGAGGGAGGAUCUAAACUGCAGACAUGUAGCU